AUGGCCGCCUUCAACACCUACUUGUCAGUUGCCCACUUCCCUCCCCCACCUCGGGUACUCGUCCGGACCGAGUUCCCGACGUCAUCCCACCGCCGCGACGAUGGCCCACACCCAUCCCGCUGUCUCAAGAGACGAGCAGCGCAGGCCAUCAUCUCCUUUCCUCCGUAGCACUGACCUAUCCCUACUCCUCGUCCUCGUCCUCCAGUUCAGGCAACCCUUUGAACCGCUUAUCGUACCUGCGGUCCUCACCGGCGUUCCUCGCCUCCGCGCUCUCCUCCCCCAAAGCCCGAUUCCUCCUCUACGACCAACUAUCGCCCCUCCUCACCUCCAUCCAACAGACCGAACGUCACCUCCACCUUCUCUCAUGGGACGACGUCAAGGCCCAUAUAGGUGAACCUCAACACAUCUUCAAAGGUGUCGAUGGCAAGGACCAGGAGGCGUUGAGGCGUAUCGUACGACAAGACGGCAAGGUCGAGGCUGCCGAUCAGGGUGAUGUUCCGUACUACAUCUCUCGGGUACUUUUCGUUUUCCGGAAAGUCAUCUCUGCGUAAGCUGACCUUCUCUACACGACCGUUCUCUUCCUUCCAGCCCGCCCUCGUCUUUUUAGGAGUCGACGAACGCGACGCCCCGGCCUCCGCCAAAUCCCUCCCCCUCUCCAAACCCACCGAAGAAUCGACCCUCGAAUCCCACAGCCCCCACGGAAUUCCUUACUGGAGUCUCGACGUAUCCAACAACGCCGAGUUGAGAGAAUCCGCUCUGGCUCAAGCCAAAGGGCUCGAGUUUGGCGACUUGAGGUCGGGGAUGGCGUCGAUCCCGGCUCCGGAGGCUUCGAUUGCGGCGCAGGGGAGGGCCAUGACGGAUUGGAAUACUCGGAACGUAUACUGUCAGUUGGUGACCAACAGUUUACCGGCUCCGUUGAACCGGACUGACCCAGCUUCCCCAUUCGAAUGCCCAUCGCCUUAUAGGCCCCUCAUGCUCCCGACCGGUCAAGAGCGUCUGGGCCGGCUGGAAACGAACGUGCAUCCCCUCCCCCUCCUCACCCUCGACCUGCGCAUCCAAAAAGGGCGUUCACAACUAUUGCUACCCCCGCACGGACCCCGUUGUCAUCAUGGGUGUGGUCAGUCCCGAUGGGGAGAGCAUCCUUUUGGGCCGACAAAAGAGUUGGCCGAGAGGGUUUUAUUCGGCUUUGGCAGGCUUCAGUACGUCACCUUCUUCCCUUCUUCCUCCUUGGAGAAAACCAAUCCCAAAUCUCCUGAACUCUUCGCUUCAACCUUUUUUUUAAUUUUUUUUUAAAAAAACACGCACAGUUGAAUCGGGGGAAACGUUCGAAGAAGCCGUCGCGCGCGAAGUUUACGAAGAAGCCGGGAUCGAAGUCGAGCACGUCAAGUUCGUCGCGAACCAGGUGUGGCCGUUCCCUUCGAGCUUGAUGAUGGGUGGGAUCGCCAAGGCCAAGAAGGGGUAUGAGAUUAGAUUGGAUUUGGAUAACGAGUUGGAAGGUACGCUUUGGGAAGGGUGAUGGGUGUCAAGGAAGCGCCGUGCGGGAAAAAAAAUCUUACUCACUUCACUUAUUCACCUUUAGACGCGAGGUUCUUCACUCGCGCCCAAGUCCUGCACGUCAUCGAAGCGAGUGGACCUUCACAUUUCACCAAGGAGGAAAUCAAACAGAUCGAUCAACAGGUCCAGCAACGCGCGCCGAGGUCGAGGAGUCUGAGUCCUGGAAGAGGGGGAAGACCGGCUUUUAGGAUGCCGCCUAGGUGAGUGUAGGGAAACGUCGAGCGGCGGAGUUGGCAAGUGCGGCGUUUCUUUCCGAGCUGAUAGAAGCGGGUAUUCAUCUUCUGCAGUACCGCGAUCGCGAACACGCUCAUCACCGCUUGGGCGACCAACACCUGGUCCGAUGCGCAGCCCCAAGUCCAAGGGACCGAACAGGCAGGGAACGCUGGAGCAGGCAAGCUCUGA